CAAAAACAUAACUGCCAUUGCCCCUUACUCUCCCGAAGAGAAACCCGACUCUUAACAGCCAUGGCGCUCGUAUCAAAAGCGCCGCAGCGCCGCUCCGAGCGCCUCAAGUUCUCAUCCUCAGACGACAGCGCAAUGUUGAAGCAAAUCCAGUCCACUCACUCCCCAGAUGGACGGGAGGUCGACGUCACUUAUCUCCUUCACAUCAUCGAGGUGAUUUUCGAGCGCGCCAAGCCCUUCAGCACCCACGGGACACAUCAGGCAGCCCAACCGCCACUGGACAUACUGGAAGACCGAGACCUCCGAGAGAUGCUCGAACUAUUGGCACACACCAUAAACAAAAUCUCCUGUGAGAUGGCCUGCAAGUGUAUGGGUGGCGGCGAUGCUCAUGCGACGACUGUCAACAUAUUCAACAUUCUCACGAACUACUCGUGGGAUGCGAAGGUGGUGCUCGCGCUGGCGGCUUUCUCUGUGAACUACGGCGAGUUUUGGAUGCUAGCCCAGCUGUAUCCUACCAAUUACCUAGCCAAAGCGGUUGCUAUCCUCAAACAAUUACCCGAGACACUAGAGCGCGUGGACGCUUUAAAGCCAAAAUUCGAUGCGCUUACCAGCCUCGUCACUGCUAUGGUGGAUUUGACCAAGUGCAUCAUCGAGUUCAGGCAGCUCCCAUCUCAAUACAUUAGCCCCGAGGCGACAGAACUUCUGACUGCUACCGCUCAUAUCCCGACAGCAGCUUACUGGAUCAUCCGAAGUAUUGUGGCCUGCGCUUCCCAAAUUACCAACCUCAUUGGCAUGAGCCAUGAGUACAUAGCAUCCACGGCAGAAGCUUGGGAACUAUCGAGUUUGGCCCAUAAAAUCAAUAGCAUCUACACUCAUCUCAAGAAGCAACUUGAUCUUUGCUAUCAGCUUAUCAAUGAGAAAAAGUACUUGGAAGCAUUUGAGAAAAUUGUGCACCUAUUUGCAACUCCCCACGUUGACAACAUGAAAGUUCUUCAAGCUUUAAUUUAUGCAAGAGAUGAUCAGCUUCCGCUUUUGGAUGGCUCUACUAAGAAAAGGGCUAGCCUCGAUGUGCUGAGAAGGAAAAAUGUGCUGUUAUUCAUCUCUGACAUCGACCUACCGCUAGACGAACUUUUAGUCCUUGAGCAGAUGUACCAAGAGGCCAAACAAGCCCCGACGAGGAUGGAGAGCCACUACGAGAUAGUGUGGAUCCCAGUUAUGGAUAGGUCGACUCCAUGGGAUGAAGAGAAACAGAAGAAGUUCGAGACUCUACAAGGAAUGAUGACCUGGUACUCGGUCUUUCACCCUUCGCUGAUUGACGCCGCGGUCAUCAAGUACAUCAAGGAGGUGUGGAAGUUCAACAAGAAGGCAAUGCUCGUCGUUCUUGACCCGCAGGGCCGGGUCACCAACCCAAACGCGAUCCACAUGAUGUGGAUCUGGGGGAGUGCUGCUUACCCAUUCACCAGUGAAAGGGAGGAGGCUCUCUGGAAGUCAGAGAAGUGGCGGAUCGAACUGCUUGCCGGUCCUGUAGAGCCACUGAUUUUCACCUGGAUAUCGGAGGGGAAGUACAUAUGCCUCUACGGAGGAGAGGACAUUGAGUGGAUCCGCAAGUUCACAAAUACGGCGCGUGCGGUAGCCAAAGCAGCACAGAUCCCGCUCGAGAUGCUGUACGUGGGGAAGAGCAACACAAGGGAGAAGCUCAGGAAUAACAGUAACACGAUUUUGGCCGAGAAUCUAAGCCACGUCCUGCCAGACCUCACCUUGAUCUGGUUCUUCUGGGUGAGGCUGGAGAGCAUGUGGCACUCAAAGGUACAACAGGGCAAGAGCGUCGACAAUGACCCGAUAAUGCAGGAGAUCAUGAUGAUGCUUAGCUUUGAUGGGAGCGACCACGGGUGGGCCGUGAUCUGCCGGGGCGCCGAUGUAGCCAAGGCCAAGGGAGAUGUGAUUUUGAAGACCCUGUUGGACUAUGAUUCCUGGAAGGACCGGAUAGGCCAGAUGGGGUUCUUGCCGGCGCUGGGCAGCCACAUCCACGACGAGAAGACGCCGCACCACUGCAACCGCCUGAUCCUGCCAAGCACCACCGGGACAAUCCCCGAGCGAGUGGUGUGCGCCGAGUGCGGGCGGGUCAUGGAGAAGUUCAUCAUGUACCGGUGCUGCACGGACUGACCGAGAUUAGCAAUGAUCAAGCCAUAUGGAGAAUCAAGAAUAAGGAAGCGCAUGCUGUGUGUGCAACUCAAUCCUAGGCACGAGGGAACCGUGAUGAUCCCUCUCUUUGCUUCUGUUAAAGAUGUGUUUGUUUGUAGUUUGUGUGUUAUUGUUUCCUGCUAUAAUUCAAUUGUCGUCACCUCCUGCUGUGUGGUACUUGCCUCCAAGUUGGGAUUUGUGCAAGUUUUAUCCAGUUGAAAACUGCAUCUUUCUUUCUA